GUACAGUGGCCAUGGACCUCCAGAACACGGAGUGCCGCCCCGCCCAGGGCAGCAAGCUGGCACUGCCCGCCGAGAACGGCUCCGGGACCCGGCGGCCCAGCAUCGCCCCCGUCCUGGAGCUGGCAGACAGCUCCUCCCUGCUGCCCUGCGACCUGCUCAGCGACCAGUCCGAGGACGAGAUGACUCAGUCGGACGAGGAGGGGUCGGCGGUUGUGGAGUACGUGAAGGGGUAACCACCAAACUCCCCCCACAUUGGGAGCUCCAAAAUCUUCCCCGAGAAGGCCCGUUUCUGCGGCCUGAGGCUGGACAAGGGCUGCAAGCACAACAGCUUUGAAGAUGCCAAAGCCUACGGGUUUAAGAACAAGCUGAUCAUCGUCUCGGCCGAGACGGCGGGGAACGGGCUCUAUAACUUCAUCGUCCCCCUGCGUGCCUACUACCGCUCCCGCAAGGAGCUGAACCCCAUCGUGCUGCUGCUGGACAACAAGCCUGAGCACCACUUUCUGGAAGCCAUCUGUUGUUUCCCCAUGGUUUACUACAUGGAGGGCACAAUCGACAACCUGGACAGCUUGCUGCAGUGUGGCAUCAUCUACGCCGACAACCUGGUGGUGGUGGACAAGGAGAGCACGAUGAGCGCCGAGGAGGACUACAUGGCGGACGCAAAGACCAUCGUCAAUGUGCAGACCAUGUUCAGGCUCUUCCCCAGCCUCAGCAUUAUCACAGAGCUGACCCACCCCUCCAACAUGAGGUUCAUGCAGUUCAGAGCAAAGGACAGUUACUCUCUUGCACUUUCCAAGCUAGAAAAGAAAGAGCGAGAGAACGGCUCCAACCUGGCCUUCAUGUUCAGGCUGCCCUUUGCAGCCGGGAGGGUCUUCAGCAUCAGCAUGCUGGACACGCUGCUCUACCAGUCGUUUGUGAAGGAUUACAUGAUCACCAUCACUCGGCUGCUGCUGGGCCUCGACACCACGCCAGGCUCUGGCUACCUCUGCGCGAUGAAGAUCACUGAGGAUGACCUGUGGAUCCGCACGUACGGCCGCCUCUUCCAGAAGCUCUGCUCCUCCAGCGCCGAGAUUCCCAUCGGCAUUUACAGGACAGAGUCUCACAUGUUCGCCACCUCCGAGCCCCACGACAUCAGAGCGCAGUCACAGAUCUCAAUCAAUGUGGAGGACUGCGAGGACACGAAGGACGUCAAGGAGCACUGGGGCAUCAAAACCAGCCACCACAGGAACUCCUGCUCCAGCGACCAGUCCGAGCACCCGCUGCUGCGGCGCAAGAGCAUGCAGUGGGCACGGCGGCCCAGCAGGAAGGGCAACAAGCACUCCAGCAAGAAUGCAGAGCUCAGCCUCUACCGGCGCUCCGAGAGGCAGGAGCUCUCCGAGCUGGUCAAGAACCGCAUGAAGCACCUGGGCUUGCCCACCACCGGGUACGAGGAUGUAGCAAAUUUAACAGCCAGUGAUGUGAUGAAUCGGGUAAACCUGGGAUAUUUGCAAG